AGUUUAGUUCACAGUUCUCUUACUGAAUAGACGUGUUUUUGAAUCGUGCUCGAAAUUAUUUAAUUAUUUCAGCUCAAGUCCUUGUGUUAUCCUCAUUAUUAAAUAGAAAUAUAAGUUUAUUUCUCAAUUUGUUAAAUAAAAUCUUGAAACUAUUAAAAUCUAUCUAUUAAAAUUGCAUAGACUGAACAGUUUCAAGAAGUGAUCGUUUUUUUGAUCGACAAAAGCAAAAAAAAGUAUUUGUGAAAUAUUUUGAGACCUUCAAAAGGAUAAUUGUUCAAAGUAAUAUUUAAAAAAUUGAUGACUCAUUGGUAAAUCCGAUUUACAAGAUACGAGUAAACAUUGUGGAUUACCAUCACAUCAUAAAACGCACUAUUAGUAAGGAUAACUUACGUAAGAGUUUAAUUCAACAAUAUAAGAUUUGCAAUAAAAACUUAACAAGGGAAAAGAUGUUGAUGCAAGUUGGACCUGAAGCUGAAGCCGCAUUAGUUGCUGGCCUUGUUGCAUGCAAUUCACCAGUUGCUGGUACAACUCCGUCUGUUCAGCAAGCAACUCAAGCUGCACAAGUUGCUGCCGCACAACAGCAACAAAAAGACACAACGUGGACUAAAUUAUUUGUCGGUGGGUUGCCAUAUCAUACGACAGAUAAGAGUUUGCGAGAACACUUCUCAGUUUAUGGUGAUAUAGAAGAAGCUGUUGUUAUAACUGAUCGACAGACAAAUAAAAGUCGCGGUUAUGGUUUUGUUAUCAUGGGUGAUAGAUUAAGUGCUGAACGUGCAUGUAAGGAUCCUAAUCCCAUUAUCGAUGGACGAAAAGCAAAUGUUAAUUUGGCAAUAUUAGGUGCAAAACCUCGUGGUAAUUUAACACAAGGAUUUCCAUUUGCUGCAGCUGCUGCUGCUGGACUGAGAACUGCAUAUCCUGUUUUACAGAAUCAAUUUGGUGUGCCACAAUCUUAUAUCUAUGGAUCACCAUACUUGGGUGCUGCUGCUGCCACACAAAACCAAGCAGCUUCUGCUGGACUCGCUAUGCAAAUACCAGCUGCUACACAAUUGAGUCAUGCUGCUGCUCUUGCUGCGGCCACAAGCCAAUUUUAUGAAUAUCAGAAUGCAUUAGCCGCAACAGCCGCACCAUUCCCGGGGCAAUACGGAAGUUUUGAAGCAUAUCCAUAUGCUGCCGCUGCUGCUGCUACAGCUGGUACAGGCAAUGCAGGUACAGGUUACAUGACACCAUAUGGCGCAUACGCAACUUUGCCACAACAAGGUGCUUUCAAUGGUCUUACAAACUUACCUUAUCAGAAUGCCGCCGCUGCCAAUGCCAGCUUGCAAGAAGCUCGUCUUCAAUAAUGGUAACUAAAACAUCGACAAAGCAAAAACGAAUCAUCAGUUUCACUAUCAUAAUAUAAAAUCCUUUCAUAUUAGAUGCUUUUCAAUGUGAAGCAACAUCACCAGCUUAAUUUUAUUUUACAUAGAACUGAAGUCGAUAAACUACGUAAAAAUUACUUUCUCAAAAAAAAAAAAAAAGAAAUAUCUUCAUUGUUUAAGUAGAUAAAUUUCACUUGAUAAUUUAUUAUUGAUAUUUAAUCUUAUUUACAUUUUUACAGAAAUUGAGAGAAGGAAACAAAUAACAUGAAAUAAUUUCCUAAACGUAAUCAAGCUAGGUGUUAACUCUCAAGAUCUUUAUUAGAAUUAAAUAAUAAAAUAAUAAUUCGUCUCUUACAUACUUAUAUUAUUGAAAACGUUCAAUUAUCGCCUAUUCAUUAUUUAUACUUAAUUGUUAGGUAACACGAAUAUGAUUUUUUAUUUUCAUUUGUAAAUGAAAUGAAGAAAUACGAAAAAUCACUUCCGAUUUCUUUUUCGUUUCGUUUUAAUCUAUUCGAAACUACAUACGUGAAUCUCUGCAUAGUUCACAUAACAUAAUUUUAACUUUCAAGUCAAUACAACAUCAUUCUUUAAAUAUUUAAGGAAUCGAAAGUGUUAUGUGUCUUCUAUGCUAAAUAAAUCCUGCGGAAUCAUCGUACUUAAAUAUAAUAUUGUGCGAUUUACUUAACAACUUUAAAGACAAUCUCAUCAAAUAUAUUCAACGAUUAAGUCAUUCUCUAUGGCUGCCUACUGAUUCAAUCUUAAUUAACAGAAGCUAAAACAAUUUAAAAAGUAAACAACUGACUAAUUUAAAAAUUUGUUACAAUUUCUCAAACAAUUUGAAGCUCAAAUUAAGAUUUAAAAAAAUGUUAAUUUACAUGUUAAAGAUUUUUGUAAUUCAAAAGAGAAAAAUGAAGGCAAAACCAAAGAUUUUUUAAUUGAAAUCAUAUUCCUAUUUUUUUUUGUUUUGUUUCUUGGCACUUUGGUCAAGAUGAAAUGUAUCGCUUUUACAACCCAGUGCAAAUGUUCAAGAUUAACUUAAUUUUCUUUCAUAACUGCAAUGAACACUUUAACUUUUAUGCAAAGGGAAAAUGAAUAAGAAGGUAGAAUAUUUUCUAGGGAAGGCGCUACUAGUCAGUUUACCAUUGCGAAAUUGAUCGUAAAAUGUUGUGAAAAGAAUCUGCGACAAGAAUAAAUAUCUAAUUUAUAAGCUAAUAAAAUAUCAUUUAAGAGUAAUCGUAAAAUAAUUUUAGUGAUAUUAUUAAAGAAAAAAUUUCAAUUGCAUCAAUGUUUUUUCAAAUCAAGCUAAAUACAUUUACCUUUUUUUUUAAUAAACCAAAAACAAAGAAUGAAAAUAUAUGAAAUUGUCUACAAUUCAAUAUCAAUCAUCUCAAACAUGCUAAUUAUUCAAUUUCUCUCUGACACAUUUUUGAUUUGAACUGAAAAACUAAAUUGCAAAUAAGUUUUUGAAUAAAAAUUCUUUGAUUAAUAUUCGAAAGAUGAACUGCUUGAAAAUAUAGUUGUGACUUAAAUCAUAAUUUUCCCAUCAAAACAUAAAAAAUCUAGUCAAUUUUAUUAUAUCAAUUUAUUUUGUUUGUUUUGUUUUCUUGUAAUUGACCGAAAAAAGAAAAGCUUUGAGAAGACAAAAAGUGAAUAUUUACGAGAUAAAGACGUGAGAAGGCAAAGAAAAUCCUUAAUUAGGUUACAAGGUCUACAAAGUUUUCUACCCUUAACAAAAUUCUAAUAGAAAUAAAGACUUUGAGAUUGUAAGACAAGAAAAAUUGCGCUCAAAAAGUUUUUUAACUAAAUAUCUAAUUAUUCAUGAUAAUGAAUUCCUUUUUUUAAAUAUCACUCGAUUAAGGAGGUUUUUCCUCUUGUCUUUUAUCACAAAUAAACUUUUAUCUUGUGCAUAUCAACGCAUAAACAUAACAAGUUGGUUUACUUUUUUUCUUUCGAACCGGAAAAUUUUUUGCUAUCAUCAUUCGGCCUAUCUUCAUAUCAAAAAGUAGUUUGUCAAAACGAAGUUUCUGUUCAAGUUUCAACGUGUAACGCAAAGUUAAAUUUUGUUUUAUUUUUUCUUAAGACUAGAAAUGUCUUACAACAAAUAAAAAUCGAACAAACAAAAAUGUUAACAAACUUUUCUAAAAAAAAACUUUCAUAAAAUCAUUUUUAAAAUUUAAGACUUUUAUACACAUUAAAAAGAAAUAUUUUAGAUAUUUAAGAUAAAAUAAAAACCUAUAAAGAGACCACCAAAAUAUAUCUGAUAAUUUGAAGAUAUGAACUGGACAGUUACUAGGAUCCACCAAAGGCCUAACAUUAAUUAUUGUCCGUUCAAUACUCAAUAAUCAUUGCACAGAUUUAAUAACAGCACUUGUUCAAAGGAUUUAAAUUUUCAAAGCUCUCUAUUCGAUAGCUAAAAAAAUGCUAACAAAGAUUGAAAAACAUAUAUUUUUAAUAUCUCAAAGUUCAGAGGAAAUCAUAAAACACUUUUAGAUAGUUAAAUUAAAAAAAUGAGAAGAAUCGAAAUGACAAUGAACAGAAAUGAAAGAAAGCAUCACAUUUUUUACUAAUGGAUCGAAGAUAUUAUUCAGGUUAACGAACGGAGGAAAUAUUAAGUGCAUAAUUAUUUUAUAUGUAAUAUUAUUCUACAUAUUAAUACAUUAUAAUGACAAAUGAAAAAAAAUGAAUAAAAAGUUAAGAAAAUAAUGGAAAAUGGCGCAAAAAGAUGAAACAAUAUUUUUGUAGGUGUUAAGAAAAAUUAUAACAAGAAAACAAUACUUAAAUUUAUUCUAAAAACUGCAAGAUAAGGAAAUUCAAUAACUAUGCUGUACUUAUUAUUCUAAAAUUAAAAUCAUAAUUACUUAUUAUACCUGUAUUUAAAUAUUUUAACUCAAUUUAAUUAUUUAUAAAUGAACUGAUGGGUAAGAAAUUCCUCAUCAGUAAAUCAUUCACAAAAGAAAUAAAAAUAAAUAAAAACUUGAAUAAAAAUAAAAAACCCAAAACAAG